UAACCUCGGCGGCGAAAUGGCGAAGAAGACGUACGAUUUGCUGUUCAAGCUACUGCUCAUCGGCGACUCCGGCGUCGGCAAGACGUGCAUACUGUUCCGCUUCUCGGACGAUGCCUUCUCCACCACGUUCAUUUCCACAAUAGGUAUUGAUUUUAAAAUCAAGACAGUGGAAUUAAGAGGAAAGAAAAUCAAAUUACAAAUAUGGGACACAGCUGGGCAAGAAAGAUUCCACACUAUUACAACAUCAUAUUAUAGAGGGGCUAUGGGAAUUAUGCUUGUUUAUGAUAUUACUAACGAAAAAACAUUUGAAAAUAUUGUGAAGUGGUUGAGAAAUAUUGAUGAACAUGCAAACGAAGAUGUGGAAAAGAUGAUAUUAGGAAAUAAGAGUGAUAUGGAAGAAAAACGUGUUGUCAGUACCGAGAAAGGAGAAGCAAUAGCAAGAGAACAUGGCAUUAGAUUUAUGGAGACAUCUGCAAAAGCAAAUAUUAAUAUCGAUCGAGCAUUUAGUGAGUUAGCAGAAGCAAUAUUGGACAAAACACAUGGCAAGGAACCUCAAGAUGCACCCGACAGAGUGACAGUUGAUCGAAGAGUAGAAAGAAGUUCGAAUCGGUGCUGCUAAUUUUAUAUAUUAUUUAUUUUAACGGUACAUGAUGAACUAUAUAUCAGCUCGUGCCACACUUGGGAUAGAGUUCUCAAUAGACUUAGAGCAUAAUUUAAAGCAUAAUAACAUAUUUAAACAUUUCACGACACUGCCUGAUCAGGUGUAAUCUAAUCUCACUUUUGCUCUGGUAAAAACACAUUUUUUUAUGCUGCAAUCAAAAACAUAUUUGCUAAAAAAAAAAGAUUACUCAUCCAAUCCAAUAUAUUUGAAAGUUAUGUUUUGUAAUUACAUUUACAUAAGCAAAGUUUCAAAAAAACCCUCUUUCACAAUAUAUUAUAGAAUUAUAUCUAUAAUAUAUAAACGAAUUUGAAAUUUCAGUUUAUACAAAUGAUAAAAAAAGUGCAUAAACACGCAAGUUUUAAUAAUGAAUCUUCAUGUUUCAUGUGAAACGCUAUUGCAUUGUUGCACGAACAAAGAGAACUAGGACAUAUUGUUUGUUAUGAGGCUGCAAUUUGUUACCAUGUUGAGUGAUGUGAGUAUGAGUGUCAGCUUUGAUCUUGGUAAAUCUUUUUGGAUAUUAAAAGCUUUCCUCUGUGAAUAAUUGCACCAGACACGUGCUUAUUUGUAUAUUAAGUUAAGGUGAGAAAGUUUAAAACCAAAAGCUUUUACCGUUUUGUGUACGACCGAUUUAUUAUAAAUAUAAAUAUCCACAAUUUCGAAAUCA